UGCUUUUUUGGACAGCCGGGAUUUCUGGAUUGGAACAAAAAUGGACAGUUAAGAAAAGUAUUGAGCGCCUGCAAGGAAAGAGAAAACAGUAUGACACUAAAUAUGAGCUUUCUCAGAAACGUUUUUCUGUAUAAGUGUCUGUUUGCAUUAACUUUUUGGAACCAUGUCAGCCUGUCUGUGGAAGAUGAACUCUUUACAUCUGUUUCUAAAAAUUUUCCAGAAGAUGUUUCUAACCAAAAAAUCACGAGCCUGCCACUCCUGUAUACAAAGAGUCAUCAGUCCGAAACUGAUGGUGAUUGGGUUGUGAUACAAAAUACUACAGAAAGCCUGUCAUUGUCAGAAAUCGAAAACAAAAAUGUAAAAAAGUUGAUAGCUUUAUUAUCUAAUUUCAGACAAGGAUCCAAGUUACAAAAUCUGACACUGACAAAUGUGUCAGUGAGCUGGAAGGAUCUCAUGGAAAUGUUUCAGACUGUAUGGCACUCAUCCGUUGAAUACUUCAAUAUUAACAAUGUAACACAGCAGUUAGACGUUGAAUAUUAUAACUUUGACUAUUCAGGUACUUCCAUGAAAGCAUUGACAAUGAAGGAAAUUAAAAUCACAGACAUGUACUUUUCACAGGAUAACCUAUACAAAAUAUUUGCAGACAUGAAUAUUAGAGAGAUGACAAUAGCUGAUUCAGAGAUGAUUCAUAUGCUUUGUCCUUCACGUAAGAGUUCCUUUAGAUACCUAAAUUUUUUAAAGAAUGAUUUAACAGAUUUUCUUUUUCAAAAAUGUGACAACCUAGCUCAGCUGGAGACAUUAAUCUUGCAGAAGAACAAAUUUGAGAGCCUUCGCAAAGUAAGCUUCAUGACGAGCCGUAUGAAAUCCCUGACAUACCUGGACAUGAGCAACAACCUGCUGCGCCACGAUGGAGCUGGCGUGCAGUGCCAGUGGGCCGAGUCUCUGGCAGAGCUGGACCUGUCCUCCAAUCAGUUGGUGGAUGCUGUGUUUGAGUGCUUGCCAGCCAAUGUCCAAAAACUCAGCCUACAAAACAAUCACAUCAGCAAUGUCCCCAGCAGGGUGGCGGAGCUGAAAUCCUUGCAGGAGCUGAACCUGGCAUCGAACAGGCUGGCCGACCUGCCGGGCUGCGGCAGCUUCACGUCCCUGCAGUUCCUGAACGUGGAGAUGAAUUCGAUCCUCACCCCGUCUGCCGACUUCUUCCAGAGCUGCCCGAGGGUCAGGGAGCUGCAGGCCGGGCACAACCCGUUCCAGUGUUCCUGUGAGCUGCAAGCCUUUAUCCAGCUGGAGAGGCGCUCCGGGGGGAAGCUGUUUGGCUGGCCGGCGGCCUACGUGUGCGAGUACCCAGAGGGCUUGCGAGGGACAGAGCUCAAGGACUUCCACCUGAGCCCGCUGGCUUGCAACACGACGCUGCUGCUGGUGACAGCUCUGCUGCUGACCCUGCUGCUGGUGGCUGCGGUGGCCUUCCUGUGCAUCUACCUGGAUGUGCCGUGGUACGUGCGGAUGACCUGGCAGUGGACGCAGACGAAGCGCAGAGCUUGGCACACCCCCCCCGCAGAUCAGGAGGCCAUUCUGCAAUUCCACGCGUUCAUUUCCUACAGCGAGCGCGAUUCGCUGUGGGUGAAGAACGAGCUGAUCCCAAACCUGGAGAGGGGGGAGGGCAGCGUGCAACUGUGCCAGCACGAGAGAAACUUUAUCCCCGGCAAGAGCAUUGUGGAGAACAUCAUUAACUGCAUUGAGAAGAGCUACAGGUCCAUCUUUGUGUUGUCUCCCAACUUUGUGCAGAGUGAGUGGUGCCACUAUGAGCUGUACUUUGCCCAUCACAAGUUAUUCAGUGAGAAAUCCAACAGCUUAAUCCUCAUUUUACUGGAGCCCAUCCCUCCGUACCUUAUCCCUGCCAGGUAUCACAAGCUGAAAGCUCUCAUGGCAAAGCGCACCUACAUGGAGUGGCCGAAGGAGAGGAGCAAGCGCCCCCUAUUCUGGGCCAACCUCAGGGCAGCCAUUAGCAUUAACCUGCCAAAAGCUGAUGAAAACUUGUAUGAGGAAACAGAUUAA